AUGACCCUGAUCGAUGACUUCAACGACGCCUUGGAGGACUGCCAGCUUGUCGACCUGAGCAUGGUAGGCAGUCGUUUCACUUGGGAAAAGGGGCGUGGAACUGAGACGUGGGUGGAGGAGCGGCUAGACAGGGCGGUGACGACGACAGACUGGCUAGAUGUGUUCGAAGAAGCGGUGGUGUACAACCUGCUAACUAUGUCCUCGGACCACAAUGCGUUAGUGCUCGACGUGGAGGCGAGAACUGUCCGUGCGUCCAAAAGGAGUUUCAAAUUCGAAUCUGCCUGGCUUAUGGAGGAGGGAUGUCACAAGGUGGUGGACAAUUCAUGGCGCUGUUCUUUAGGGAUGAGUUUUCAACAGCGUGUGGAGGUGUGUGGACAUCAGUUAUGGAAGUGGGGUGGUGAGCAUUUCCGCCGUUUUGGGAAUCGCACAAAGUUACUCCGCAAUAGGUUGGAGGUUCUCAGGGACUCACGUGUGGCGCAGGACAUUUCCGAAUAUUUGAAUGUUGAAGGAGAACUGCUCACGUUGAUGCGUCAAGAGGACUUAUUCUGGAAGCAACGUUCCAAGCAAUUGUGGUUGCAGCAUGGCGACCUCAAUACCAAGUUUUUUCAUAAAGUGGCUACUGUGCGGCGGCGUAAGAAUCUUUUACUCUGA